AAUGUCUGGCCACAAAAGAAAGAGAGAAUCCAAGACCACCGAAAUCAGCAUCAGCUCCUACAAUGAAGAGCCAAGCGCUGUUGUUGGAUCUUUUUUCAACGGAUUUUCUGUCCCUUCGAACACCGAAUUCGAUGUCUACAAGCACAAGAAGUCUGAUAAGUACAUAAUCCACGGAGAAAACGAUACUUUAGACUACAACGGUGAAACUGUGGACGACGAAGAGGAAAACGACUACAUCGUGGGAUUGUAUGAUCCAAAGAAGAAGUCUAUUGAACUCUACAAAGCCCCAUUCAUACCAACCAGAAUCACAUCUAAAGAUAAGAGAUCAUUCAAGGGUCCUGAAGUUAAACAACUCGGAAUCCGUAAUAACGAACAAAGAAAUGCAUUGGGUGAAGCCUUCGGUACCAAGAAGGCCAAGGCUGCCAUCACCAACUUGGAAAGAAACAGAAUCAACUCUGAAAGAUUGCAAGACAACGAAUUGGACAUCAUUGACAAUAUACAAGAAUCCACCAAGGAAUUGCCAACUAGAGAAAAGAUGGAAGAAAGCGUUCUCAACGAUCGUCCAACACCUCUUGCCAACGUUGAUGCCACAAGCGUUGAAGAUAUUUAUCCUAUCCACCACAUAAUACCAAAGAAGGAAUGGUCAUUCAUCAGAAUCGACUCGAUCUUGAACGAAUCCAAUGAUAAGGCUAGACUUGAAUUAUUCCCACACUCCACCUCUCCUUUCAUUACCAAGACCUUACCUCUUUUGGUUAAGCAAAAGAAUCACGAGAAGAUCAAGUUGUUGUUCUACUCUUCUUUAUUACUUGGUGUUUACAACAACAGAAGAACUAAGGACAAGCAGACCUUGAUGACCAAACUUAACGAUACAGUUGGAGAAGCCUUAAUUGACGGUAUUUUGGAAAGAUUCUCCAUUGCCAGAGCCUCGCAAUUUGGUAAAUCUAAGGAAAGAUCCUUUACUAUUGAUCCACACAGUGAAGAUAAGUUGUUGUGUUACUUGUUAGCAACCAUCUUCCACAUCAACGAUUUCAUGAUCGAGUUGGCACCACUUGCCAACGAGUUGAACAUGAAACCAACUAGAUUGAUUGGUUUGGUAAGAGCUUUGGGUGGCUUGGUCAAGCCUAUUACUGUUGGUCAAGCGGAAGGUCUAGGAAUUCCAAAGGGCUUGAUGGGAAGUUACAAGGUUGCCACCUUGAAGGUGCCAUUCAAGUUGCCGGAAAUGAGUAGAAGAGUAAGGCGUUAGGUGUGUAUGUAUAAAGAAGUCUCCA